GCGGAUUCAAAACUUAACCGACAUUUGAUCUGUCAACGUGCCACAGGAGCAGCAGCCGAUUUAGUCCGCGGUACCUUCGAACACUCGAGUUGCACCGCGUAUCCUGUCCUUGCAUCCUAGAGUCGAUCCUUUGAAAGUUGCUUCGCGGUCUCUGUGCUUUUCGGUCUGUGAGUUUUUCCAGCGGCAUUUGGAUUUCGCUCAGCAACAACAGCAGCAGCCGCAGCAGCAGUAGCAGCAGCCAGACGUGCCCCAUACCGUGCCACGCCCACAGCAUCACAAUGAACUCCCUUCACGCCCACAUCCUGCUGCUGGCAGUUUGCUGCGUCGGCUACAUCGCCAGCUCCCCGGUAAUUGGCCAGGAUCAGCGCAGCGGCGACAGCGAUGCCGAUGUCCUGCUGGCCGCCGAUGAGUUGGCCGACGGCGGCGACAACAUCGACAAGCGGGUGGAGCGGUACGCCUUCGGUCUGGGACGACGUGCCUACAUGUACACGAACGGUGGACCGGGAAUGAAGCGCCUGCCGGUCUAUAACUUUGGUCUGGGCAAGAGAUCGCGUCCCUACUCCUUUGGACUGGGCAAACGCGGUGACUACGACUACGAGCAGGACAACGAGAUCGACUACAGAGUGCCGCCAGCGAACUACUUGGCAGCCGAGCGUGCUGUGCGUCCUGGCCGACAGAACAAGCGAACGACGCGUCCGCAACCCUUCAACUUUGGCCUGGGCCGACGUUAAGUCCAAUCCUGCUGGCCCAAAUUUCUCCCCGGAUGGCGCACUUAUCCCAAUCCAGCCGUGCGCCAUUUGGCCAGGAGCUCAUCCUAAACUAAAGUUAUCUAAAAAGCUCUCAGACUCUUCUCCAAACUUAGGUCACACAUUCAGGAGGCAAUCUAAAUGUCUUCGUAUCCAAGCCAAUUCCUUGCACGACCCUCGUCCCACACAUAUUUAUUAUAUAUGAAAUCGGUAGAGCCAAUGGUAUUUAUGUUAAGUUCUUCAAAUCGAUGCGUUUAACGGCAGCCUCAAAAUAAAAUAUGACAAAUGGCGAAAAAAAUAUACAAAAAAAAAAUAAGAGAUGAACAAAAUGCAAAUAAAAAGGGAAAACAGAUUGAGAAUGAAACUGGCGUGUGCAAUUAUCAAGGAAGAAAUUCAUAUAAUGUUAUACGAAUCUAUUAUAUAUGCAUAUUCAAUCCAAUUUAUGAUGGUACUCCAUAUAUGUACAAUUUUAAAGGGGCAUUAAUUAAUAUACACGCGGAUUUAAACUUAUAUACUUGGGGCAAUCUCUCACAGAAAGAGCGGCACGAGUGGCAUUCGUUGUGGUCGUCAGCGGAGGAGCACGAAUAUUGGGUAAACUACUGCAAACAAACUGCAUACUAAUAUCGGUGUAACUAAGUGUUUGACAAAGUGAUUACUAAUUUAACUAUAUAAUUACAAAUAUGUAAUUGUUUUGUGAAUACUUGCAUACGUACCCAAAUAAACAUAGUCGCAGCUAGACUGCGUAAGCAAA